AUGACCCCCAUCCUCACAGCCCUGCUCUGUCUUGGGCUGAGUGUAAACUCCAGGACCAAAGCACAGACAGGUGAGACCCUCCCCAAACCCACCAUCUGGGCUGAUCCAGGCUCUGUGAUGCCAUGGGGGACACCUGUGACCAUUUGGUGUCAGGGGGGCCUGGAGGCCGAGGAGUACCACCUGCAUAAAGAGGAAGACUCAUGGAUCUGGGACACACAGAAGACACUGGAGCCCGGGGACAAGGCCAACUUCUCCAUCACAUACAUGACAGAUGUAUAUGCAGGAAGAUAUCGCUGUGACUAUGAACAACCCAAUGACUGGUCAGAGUACAGUGACCCCCUGGAGCUGGUGGUGACAGGAUCCCAGGACAAACCCAGGCUCUCAGCCCUGCCCAGCCCUGUUGUGACCUCAGGAGGGAAUGUGACCCUCCAGUGUACCUCACGGAUGGGAUCACAGUUCGUCCUGAUGAAGGAAGGAGAGCGCCAGCCCUCCUGGACCCUGGUCUCCCAGGCAGCCACCCAUGGGGGUACCCAGGCCCUGUUCCCUGUGGGCCCCGUGACCCCCAGCCUCAGGUGGACGUUCAGAUGCUAUGGCUAUUACAGCAACACCCCCCAGGUAUGGUCGGACCCCAGUGACGCCCUGGAGUUGAUGGUGUCAGGUGUGUCGGGGAAGCCCUCCCUCCUGACCCAGCAGGGCCCUGUCGUGACACCUGGACAGAGCCUGACCCUCCAGUGUCGCUCUGAUGUCAGCUACGACAGAUUCGCUCUGUCCAAGGAGGGGGCACCUGAACCUCCCCAGCGGCUUGGCCGGCAGCCCCAGGCUGGGCUCUCUGGGGCAGACUUCCCCCUGGGCCCUGUGAGACCCUCCCACGAGGGCCGGUACACAUGCUAUGGUGGACACACCCUCUCCUCCGAGUGGUCGGCCCCCAGUGACCCCCUGGACAUCCUGCUCACAGGGCUGGACAGGCCCUCACCCGCCUUUCCUCUCUCUAGGACAACUGCCCUACACACCCUCCUCUCAGUGCAGCCUGGACCCACGGUGGCCGCAGGAGAGAAUGUGACCCUGCUGUGUCAGUCACGGAGCCCUGUGGACACUUUCCUUCUGUCCAAGGAGGGGGCAGCCAAUCCCCUGCUGCGUCUUAGAUCACAGUACCGAGCUGGGCAGCACCAGGCUAAAUUCCCCAUGAGUCCUGUGACCUCAGCCCACAGGGGGACCUACAGGUGCUACGGCUCCGCCAGCACCUCCCCCUACCUGUUGUCACAGUCCAGUGACCCCCUGGAGCUCCUAGUAUCAGGUAAGGCUGGCACUGUGAGCCCACCCCAAAACAACUCAGACCCCAGCAGUGGUGCUGCAACCUCUCUGUCCUCAUUCCUAGCCUCAGACCCCAAAGAUUACACCGUAGAGAAUCUGACCCGCCUGGGUGUGGCUGUCUUGAUCCUGGUGGUCCUCGGGAUUCUGCUGCUAGAGGCUCAGCACAGCCAGAGAAGGAUCCCAGACGCAAGAAAAGAACAGCUCAGCAUGCUGAUGAACAAGAUCCAAGUUUUCCAGCUACAGAAACAGCAAGAUGCCAGCAGGAGCAGCACCAUGUCCCCUGCAGUCAUCAGCCUCACAUGUCUUGGGUUCUUCUUCAACCAGAGGAUCGGGGCACAAGUGGGUGGUCAGAACAAGCCCUCCCUCUCUGCCUGGCCAAGCCCCGUAGUUCCUCAAGGGCAGCAUGUGACUCUUCAUUGUCGCUCCCAUCACAAGUUUGAAACAUUCAGACUGUACAAGGACAAUAACAUCUUCAUCUCCAAGCUCCACAGCACAAUAUCUCAAAACAGUGUUCUCAUUGGCCCUGUAACCCCAGAACAUGCAGGGACUUACAGCUGUCGUGGAUCCUACCAUGAUUCCCCCUCUGUGUGGUCAGCACCCAGUGACCCCCUGGUGAUUGUGGUCACAGGAGUCUACAGAAAACCUUACUUGUUAGCCCAGUCGGGUCCCCUGGUGAAAUCAGGAGGGAACAUGACCUUGGUCUGUUGCUCAGAGAUCCUGUUUGAAAGCUUCAUUCUUCACAGAGAGGGGGUAUCCAAGGACCCCUUGUACCGUGCUGGUCAGCACCAUCAUGGGGGCUCCCAUGCUAACUUUUCCAUGGGUCCUGUGACAGCCGCCCAUGCAGGGACCUACAGGUGCUUCGGUUCUCUCAAUCGCUCCUCCCAUGUGUGGUCUGCCCCCAGUGACCCUCUGGACAUCGUGAUCACAGGUCUACAUGAGAAACCUUCUCUCUGGACCCAGCCAGGCACCGUGGUGAGGACAGGAGAGAACGUGACCUUGUCCUGCUGCUCAGAGAGGUCCUUUGAUGUGUAUCAUCUAUCCAGAGAUGAGCAGCCCCAUGAGUGCUGGCUUGCUAAGGGGCAGAAGCAUGGCAGUGCAACCCAGGCUGACUUCCCUCUGGGCCCCGCACACCCAGCCCUGGGCGGGACCUACAGAUGCCAUGGCUCCUUCAACCGCUCUCCUUGUGAGUGGUCAGGCCCAAGCGACCCACUGUACCUUUCUGUCACAGGUGAGGACUUCAAUAGUCGUCUCCCAUCCACAAAACCAACCUCCAAAACUGGUAACCCCGGACACCAGCAUGUUCUGGCUGUGCCCUUAGUGGUCAUCGUCUUCCUCACCAUCCUUCUUUUCUUCCUCACUCGUCAGUGGUGCCCUCCCAAAGAGGAUGCUGCUAUAAUGAGCAGAGAACCUGAAGUGGAUAGAAUGGUGAGCAGGGAGGACCCUCAAGCAGAACACCCACAGGAAGUGACAUACACGCAGUUGGAUCAUCGCAUUUUCAUGAAGAAAAACACCACUCCUACUUCCCAGAGGCCUGGGGAACCCUUGCAUGAUGAAAGUGUGUACAUGGAACUCGCAACAGGCUGAGACCAAUCAAGGCAUAAAUCCUAU